ACAAAGUUGAAGAAUCAGGAUAUGCUGGUUUCAUUUUACCAAUUGAGGUUUACUUCAAAAACAAGACUUUUGCGUGCCUUUGCUGACUGUGGAGACCUGCAAGUCUCAGGAGUUCUCCAGCAGGAGUUCUGGCUUAGACUGAGAUCAAGAGGGCAACUCACCUCACCCUCAAGCAGCAUGUGGAAUUAGAAAGUUUGCAAACAUCCCUCACCCCUAUUUUGGUGUCAUGGAAUACGACAAGCAGCAGUUGGACUGUGAGUCAGCUAGCUCUUCACACAGCUGCAGCAGCAUGCCCUUCCCUGGGGUGGGUGAAUGCAAAGGAAGAGUGGCACAAAAAUUGAGCUGGCAAAUUACCCCUUUCUUCUGGCUCAGCUAUUCUUCCUCCCUUAAGCCACUUCACAUGUAUUCCAGUACAGAAAAAGAGGAGAUAGACAGAAGGAGGAAGAGGAGACACACCAUCAUCAUUUUUUCAAGGAAGAACCUAAGAAAGUUCGAUUUGACUAUGACUUAUUCCUGCACCUUGAAGGCCACCCACCUGUAAAUCACCUCCGCUGUGAAAAGCUCACAUUCAACAACCCGACAGAAGAAUUCAGAAGAAAGCUGCUAAAGGCAGGAGGGAUCAUGGUAAUGUCAGAUGGAACAUCAUUCUCUUCAGGACAGAGCCUUCAUCUCCCCAGCCUUCCUAGUAACUCCCUGUCUUUUUCUGAAGCGAAGAAGAAGUCAUCUCAUGGGCCAAAGGACCCAACUAGGAUUCUAAACACAAAUAGCAGCAGCAGCAGUAGUAACAGUUUUUCAAAGACCCACAAGUUAACAAAGGAGCACAAAGAAAAAUCUUCUAAAGACUCAAAAGAACAUAAAAGUGCCUUCAAAGAACCUUCCAGGGAACAUAACAAAUCUUCCAAAGAAUCCUCUAAGAAACCCAAAGAAAACAAACCACUAAAAGAUGAAAAAAUGGUUCCUAAGAUGGCCUUCAAGGAACCCAAACCCAUGUCCAAGGAGCCAAAAUCUGAAAACACCCCAAUCCUUGCCAUAACUUGUGGGCAGCAGCAAGAAAAGAAGACUCUUACAAAAAAGCCCUCUGUGCUGGACUCUGAUGAACCUUCUGCAAAAAAAAGAAAAAAAAACAGCUCGGAUUCGUUAUUUAAAAGUUUUUCUAGCGCCCCACCACUGAUUCUUACUUGUUCAGCUGACAAAAAACAGGCAAAGGAUAAAUCUCAACUCAAAGUGGGGAGAGUCAAAGUUGAAAAUGAUGCACUGGAAGGGAAGACGCCUACUCUGCCGCCUUUUGAUGAUAUUGUAGAUCCCAGUGAUUCUGAUGUGGAGGAAAACACGUCCUCCAAAUCUGAAUCUGAACAGCCGAGUCCUACCAGUUCCAGCUCCAGUUCCAGUUCCAGUUUUACACCAUCUCAAAACAGCAGACAACAAGGUCUGUUGAGGUCUAUAAUGAAAGAUCUGCAUUCAGAUGAUAAUGAAGAUGAAUCAGAUGAAGCAGAUGAGAAGGACAAUGAUUCUGAGUUGGAACAACCUGUAAAUACACAAGGAGGAAGCAAGAGUCGCAGGGUUAGUCUGAGUGAUGGCAGUGACAGUGAUAGCAGUUCAGCUUCCUCACCGCUACGUCAUGAACCAGCACCACCUUUACUGAAAACCAACAACAGCCAGAUUUUAGAAGUGAAAAGUCCAAUAAAGCAAAACAAACCUGACAAACAAAUAAAGAAUGGGGAUUGUGAUAAGGCAUAUCUCGAUGAACUGGUAGAGCUCCACAGAAGAUUAAUGACAUUGAGAGAGAGACAUGUACUGCAGCAGAUAGUAAAUCUUAUUGAAGAAACUGGACAUUUUCACAUCACAAAUACAACCUUUGACUUUGAUCUUUGUUCACUGGACAAAACCACAGUCCGUAAACUACAGAGUUACCUGGAAAUGUCUGGAACCUCCUGAGGAUUCAGCAUCUGGCUGCAUCAAAUACUGCUCUUUAAAUGACAUAUGUAGAAUGAUGCAACCAAAACAGAGGGGAAAAAAAACUAGGCAAUCCUCUGCAGCUUUUAUUUUUCCUUAAAGACAGUCAUCAUCUCUUGAUAAGGGAGAGGAAAAGUGACCAGACUUAGAGGACCACUCUUUCUCAAGAAGAAAAUGCUCUGGAAGAGUUUACCUGGAUAGCCUUGAAAAACAAACACAGAAAAACAAACAAAAAUACUUGUUCUUAAUGAAUGUGUAUGAU